AUGUCCAAAGGAGAUGAAUUGGUCAAUGCCUUCGCGAUUCCCAACUUCUUGCAGCGGUCCGAAUGGCUGGAGGACCAGCUGCCCCAAGCCGAUGCUGGCUUCUUUGCGCUCAAUUUAAUAGAACAAGAAUCGUCGUUUUUUACCAAUGUAUCUGACCCGAAACCCAGCGAGCUCUUCACGCUUCCCGUGAUAGACCCUGUGCCUGAGCAGGAGGAGACAACCGCCGCAAAUACCCCGAAAACAACUUGUAAAGAACCUCUGGACGACGAGGAAAGCGAUGAGGACUACUAUUGGCCGAUAGUCGACAAACCUGUAAGAAGCAAACCAGAAUACAAGACGUGGGAAAACUUCGAGUCACGCAGCGCUUGUUCGGCGAAGCCCCUGUUCAUAACAGAAGCUGGCCCAGGUGCAUUUGAUGCCUUGGCAGCGCUUGAGGAAGAUCCUUUACGUCUUGGAAGCGCUGGUUUUACCGUGGUAGAUGCGGGUUUAUACUGCAGUGCACUGAUGGCCCUGGCUCUUGGCCGAGAAUCGGUCUUCUUUUCCUGGCAAGACGAAACCGAGUCCCUCAAGCCGACUUUGCCGCAGAUCAGAAUUCCUGCUUACUCUGGCAAGGCUAUCCAGGAGGUUCAGCGUUCCUGCUUAAAGUGUGGAAACACAUACCGCCGACUGCGCAAGUUUGUCGACACUACGUAUUUGAAGAAUCCGACGCCUUGCCGCGUUGCUCUGGCGAGUGCUGUGGACAAGGCCCUCUUGGUCGUUCAGAGCAGCAUUGCCCUGAAUCAUCAACACCCGCGGUCGAUUCUCCAGGUCCAAUCUCUCGUCACCCACAUAUACACCAUUCUCCGCCAGUUCGAGUCUCUGGUGUCAAACAUACGACGAGGUCAUCUGGACGAAGAUGUGUUCGUCAUCGUGUUUCAGCAAGCUCAGUCUGCCGAGUACGCCGAAACUCAUCUCAGAGAUAUGAUGCGGGAAGUUCUUCGGCGGGUGUCGAACCCUUGGAUUGAACUGGUCGAAGAGUGGAUUGGCACCCGACGCGAAGUUGGCGUGCCUCUGGGCAAGCACGAGGUGGGCAGGCGGAAAGGCUUCAUCAAAGUUGAGUCCGAGACCUACAUCGACGACUUCGGCGACGAGGUAGACGAAGUCGACUACCGCUUGGAUAAACAGCGGAUACCCAGCUUCAUGCCGGAAGACAUAGUGAAAUCUCUCUUCGAGGUUGGACGAAACCUUCGUUUCAUCAGGUCGACACACCCAAGACAUCCCUUGGCGCAAGCCAAUGUUGUCUCGUCCAGCAGGCCUCCUACGCUAGAGUGGCUAUUCGACUGGGACUCCAUCGUACACUUGGAAAACAGGGUUCAUUCGUAUGAACGAGCCCUGCGAGAAGUCGUCAAAACCUAUUUCACAGAAGAAUCGGCAGAAUCCAAGGAGGUAUCAGCUUGGCCGAUGAGUGAUUCGCCAGUAUACCAAUUACAACUAUUCGGUCUGGAUGAGAACGAGUUGCAAAGCAAAUUGGUGGCAUCCAUCCACGACUUUGCACAGCCGAUCGCCGACUCCACAUCAGAAGACCAGCUGGGAAUCAUCAUCAGGGGUCGCCUAUCCGAUGUUACAACCGAAGCCGCGAACGCUGGCACCGAGUUCACACCGCACUGGUCACUCCUUCCAGUCCUCUCAUUCGGGUCGAUCAUAUCUGCACAAUCCCGAGUUGUCGGCCGGGAAAGCCUAAGGCUGCUCUUCACGUCCCACAAUCUGCGCGAACAUUUGAAGCUGCAGAAAGAGUUCCACUUGCUAGGCAAUGGCUUCUUUUGCAGUCGCCUAUCCCAUGCGCUGUUUGACCCCGAUCUCGAGACAGCGGAGAGGCAGGCCGGUGUUGCUCGCCAAGGCGGAGUCAUGGGGCUGCGGUUGAGCGGCAGAGACACUUGGCCACCAGCCAGUUCGGAACUGCGCCUAGCACUGAUGGGAGUUUUGACGGAGAGCUAUGAAGGACCUAUUCAAGAAAGUCUCAAACCCCGAGACGGCGAAAAGAAUGAGCUUCCGGGCGAUCUGAGUUUUGGCGUUCGAAGUUUGUCUAGCGAAGAGGUCGACAAGUGUAUGGACCAAGACGGACUAGAAGCGCUUGACUUUCUUCGGCUGUCGUACAAGCCCCCGGUCGCACUUGGAGCCAUCAUCACGCCUAUUGUGUUGGUGCAAUAUGACCGGAUUUUCCGGCUGCUGCUCCGAGCGCUCCGGAUGCAAUACACCGUCAACUGCCUCUUCCGCGAUGUCACGGCUAGGGAGUCUGGUUGGCACGAUGUCGAAGACAUAUCGGUCCGAUUCUGCUUUGAAGCUCGUCAUUUUGUCUCCAGCAUGAACUCCUACAUCUUUGACACCGGUAUUGAGAUGCCGUGGCAAUCAUUUGAGAGUCUGCUGGACAGGCUUGAAUCUGGUCUUGGAAGCGAGGACCAAGAGACGUCAUCUGGGUCGGUCCUCAGCCCCGACCGUCUGCGAGAACAUCAUUCCCAAACACUUGAUCGGAUCAUGCUAGCACUGCUUCUGCGGAAACGACAACAGCCUGUACUCAAGCUGCUUGACGAGAUCUUCCGAGUAAUAUUGAGCUUUGCCAAAUACUCCAGACUCCGCGCCGAUGGGCGAAGGGCUCGCAGCAAGGAUGAUUCAACAGCGAGAGGCCUCUACAAAACCUUUAGGCGGAAUGUUGAGGUGUUCUUGACGGUUUGCAAAGGGCUGAGUGAGAAGGAAGACUAUGGACCGAGGAAAGAUGCGGUGAGCCUGACAGAAGGCUCUGGGAGGGUUGACUCGCUGGACGACAACCCCAUUGCCCAGCUCAUCCUGAAGCUUGACAUGUCUGGCUACUACUCAAAAGUCAACGAAUACGACAUGUCUCGACCAGGCCCCUCGGCACGCAAUUUGACUCUCACUGAAGAGUUGGAGAAGCUGGAGCAGUCCAUUACUCUGACCUUGCAAGAGAUCGAUUCGAACUUUAGCAAGGCACACCGCAUCGUCACCACCAGCAUCUUACCCAUCGUUGAGCAAUAUGGCGAGCACUCGAGAAACGUCUGGGAUGCUUCAAAGUUCUGGAAGCAAUUCUUCGAGGCCUCAGCCAACGUCUCGCUCUCCGGAUACGAAGAACUAGCCAACGACGACGACUACGAAGACGAGACGGGGGCGACGGAAGAGUCGACAGCCCAAGAUGAGACCAGCGUCGACUACACGCGCACCCCCCAACGACACCAAAGCGCCGAAGACCUAACUCAGGCAUCUGUCGCCGAUUCGACGCUCCGCGCCGAAGAGUCGGUCCUCGGCGACAAUGAUCUGACAGGAAGCACCCCACGGCCGCCCAAGACCAAAACGAUCAAGCCUCAGUUUUCGAGCCUCGAGUCUCCUUACGAGGCGCUCAAGCGUGAGCUCAGGGGCGAGCCGCCCGCGCCGCACGAGGAAGACGAAGAGGACGAGGACCUCGGCAUCGAGGAGGAUUCGACGGUGCUCUUCGCGCAACACACGGCGCGGCUGCCGGACAUGUCCAUGACGCCUCGGUCGUCAUUUGCGCCACUGUCACGGCAGGAACAGCAGCACCAUAAGGACCCGCUGAUGCACCGCAUGCUCGACAAAACCUUCCGGAUCCAAGCCACGCCGCACAAGGGACCCUCCUACCGCGUGUCACCUCUUAAGCGCGAUGGUAAGGGCAAGGAGACAGAGAGAGAGGCCAUGCCUGCGUGGCGGCAAGGCUCGCCUAUGUCCUCGCCCGUGAUGGAGAUGCCCAAGCUGCGCAGCGAGGCUUUUUUGUCGCCUGCCAAGAGCAACGCUCGCCAGCGUCUCGCCGCGGCGACUGCGUCCGCGGGUCCGCGUACGCCUGGCGUAAGCGUGCAGACACCCGGCGCCGCGAGAAAGACCAAGGACGUGUUUGCUACACGGGGCAAAUACGACGAUGACACGACAACAACGGACAAUGGCGGCGCGUUUGCCAAGGAUAAGUACGAAAUCAACUGGGAGAGCGACAGCGACGAAGACAAGGCGCUGUAUGGCGGCAUGAGCCCGCCCAAGACGAUCCAGUUUGCGCUACCUCCCUCCAAGCUGCUUCAGACACCUGCUCGAGAGGCGAGUAAGCGUAUCGUAGAUGACAUCCUGCUCACGGCGGGCGCCGGGCCAGAGAGUUCGGAGGAGUACAGCCCUACGAUGGUCAAAAUGAACAAGGACAUACUCGAUGACAGCUUUUGA